CUUACUUGACUACAGUAGUAGUAACAGCGAACAUGGAGCCGGUCGCACACCUCGUUAAAGUGUCCAUUCCCAAUUAUUUGUCUGGAUUACCUGUUCCAGAUUCUAUAGGAGGAUGGUUUCGACUUGGAAUACGAGACUGGAUCGCCCUAAUUCCUCCUACCGCUAUGUUAGCUGGAAUCGGUUAUAUGUCUUACAAAGCAUUUUGUCCAUUAGCUAGAGAAGCAACUGGACGUGUAAAUCAUAUGAUAAAAAAAGAUGUAAAUAAGGUGGUAGACUCUGUUGAUGUAGAAGAUAUAACUGAGAAGGCUGUAUUUUGCCGUUGUUGGAAAUCUAAGAAUUGGCCAUACUGUGAUGGUUCUCAUGGACCUCAUAAUGAAGCAACAAAUGAUAAUGUGGGACCCCUUGUAGUUACUAAAAAGAAAGAUUAAUAAAACUAUCAUUGUAUAAAUACUUGGCAUGUACAAUGUUGUUAAUAACCAAGAAAAAAUAUUUCUGCAACCAACAUUGUAGAUAUUUCAUAGAAAAGAAAAGUAUACAAAAAAUAUUAAUGUAGAUAAAUGUUGGAAACCAAAAAGAGCAUAAUAUAUAACGCAGGAUACAAAAUA